AUGACAUCAACUAUUAAAUAUAAUACAAUCAAGAUUGAUAAUCAAAACAUCUUUUAUCGUGAAAGUGGUGACAAGAAGAACCCAACUUUAAUCUUAUUACAUGGAUUCCCAUCAUCGAGUCAUCAGUACCGUCAUUUAUUGGCAGACAACAAGUUGACUGAAAAGUUCCAUUUAAUCGCACCUGAUUACAUUGGUUAUGGUCAAUCUUCUAUGCCAUCAACCAAGGAAUUCGAGUACACCUUUGAUAACCUAUCAGUCGUCACUGAAAAGCUUAUCAAUGCCUUGUCUAUUGAAAAGUACAGUCUCUAUGUAUUUGACUAUGGAGCUCCAAUUGGAUACAGACUUGCUCUCCGUAAUCCUGAAAAGAUUCAAUCGUUCAUUGUUCAGAAUGGUAAUGCCUAUGAUGAAGGUAUUGAUAACGCUUUCUGGGCCAACGUCAAAAAGUACUGGGCUGAACCAACCAAAAAAGAAAACAUUGACUUUGUUCUUGGACUGAUCACUGCUCAAACCACUCAAUGGCAAUAUUUGAAUGGUGUUCAAGAAAAGGACAAGAGCUUAGUUGCCCCAGAUGGAUAUGUCAGUGACCAAUACUACCUCGAUCGUCCAGGUAAUGGCGAGAUCCAAGCUCAACUCUUGUUUGACUAUGGCACCAAUCCAGCCAAGUAUCCAGCAUUCCAACAAUACUUUAGACAAUAUCAACCACCAAUGUUGAUCGUUUGGGGAAAGAAUGAUGAAAUCUUCCCAGCUGAAGGUGCUUACCCAUACAAGAAAGACAUCAAGAACCUUGAUUUCCAUCUUUUCGAAACUGGUCAUUUCACUCUUGAAACUCACCACCAAGAAAUCAGUCAUUUAAUUAAUCAAUUCCUUACAAAGAAUAUUAUUAAUAAUCAUGGUAAAUCUUCAAACUAA